AUGGACGAUUUAUUCGAUGUAUUUGAUGAAAAACCAAUCAUACCUCCAAAAAUAGAAGAAGUACAAACAUCGAAUGUCAAGAGAAAACAUGAAGAUGAUAAUGGAGUAGAAGAAAAAUCAAAAGAUCAAUUAAAAAAGGUAAAACAAGAAGUUAAGCCAGUCGUUUUUGAUUCUGUUGAAAUUGAAGCUUCAAGAGAAGUUGAGGCAAGUCAAGGUUUGCAAGGUACAAGCACUCAAGAUGGUAAAUUGAAAUUAAGACAUCAAGUUAGACAUCAAGUUGCAAUUCCUCCUUCAUAUCCAUAUAUCCCAAUAUCUGAACAUAAACGUGAAAAGCAAGCAAGAACAUAUCCAUUUACGUUAGAUCCAUUUCAAGAUACUGCUAUUUCAUGUAUCGAUCGUAAUGAAAGUGUUUUAGUAUCAGCUCAUACAUCAGCUGGUAAAACAGUGGUUGCAGAAUAUGCAAUAGCACAAAGUUUAAGAGAUAAACAAAGAGUAAUAUAUACAUCACCUAUAAAAGCAUUAUCAAAUCAAAAAUAUAGAGAAUUACAAGCAGCAUUUACUGAUGUAGGUUUAAUGACUGGUGAUGUUACAAUAAAUCCAGAUGCUGGUUGUUUAGUCAUGACUACGGAAAUUUUAAGAAGUAUGUUAUAUAGAGGUAGUGAAGUGAUGAGAGAAGUCGCAUGGGUUAUAUUCGAUGAAGUACACUAUAUGAGAGACAAAUCAAGAGGUGUUGUGUGGGAAGAGACUAUAAUCUUGUUACCUGAUAAAGUUCAUUAUGUUUUCUUAUCAGCUACCAUUCCAAAUGCCAUGGAAUUUGCUGAGUGGAUAGUUGAUACUCACAAUCAACCAUGUCAUGUUGUCUAUACAGAUUUUAGACCAACUCCAUUGCAACAUUAUCUUUUCCCAGCUGGUGGUGAUGGUAUACAUUUAGUUGUUGAUGAGAAAGGUACAUUUAGAGAAGAAAAUUUCCAGAAAGCAAUGGCAACUAUCAAUGAUACUACUGGUGAUGAUCCAAAUAGUGAUUCUGCAAGAGGUAAAAAAGGUCAAACUUUCAAAGGAAAGACUAAAGAUGGAAAAUCAGAUAUUUAUAAAAUCGUUAAAAUGAUAUACAUGAAGAAAUAUAACCCAGUUAUUGUUUUCUCCUUUUCAAAAAGAGAGUGUGAGUCAUUAGCUCUUAAAAUGUCAAAAUUGGAUUUAAAUACUGAUGAAGAAAGAGAAGCAUUGACACAAAUUUUUAAUAAUGCUAUUAAUAUACUACCUGAAGCAGAUAAAGAAUUACCGCAAAUAAAAAAUAUACUACCAUUAUUGAAAAGAGGUAUAGGUAUACACCAUUCUGGUUUAUUACCAAUUCUUAAGGAAAUUAUUGAGAUUUUAUUUCAAGAAGGUUUUUUAAAAGUUUUAUUUGCUACUGAAACUUUUUCAAUUGGUUUAAAUAUGCCUGCUAAAACAGUUGUUUUUACUUCAGUUAGAAAAUGGGAUGGAGUUGGUUUCAGAUGGGUUUCAGGUGGUGAAUAUAUUCAAAUGUCUGGUAGAGCAGGUAGAAGAGGUUUAGAUGAUAGAGGUAUUGUUAUAAUGAUGAUUGAUGAAAAAAUGGAACCCCAAGUUGCUAAAGGAAUGGUCAAAGGUCAGGCUGAUAGAUUAGAUUCUGCAUUCCAUUUGGGUUAUAAUAUGAUUUUGAACUUAAUGAGAGUUGAAGGUAUAUCACCGGAAUUUAUGUUGGAGCAUUCAUUUUAUCAAUUUCAAAAUGCAGCAAGUGUACCCAAAAUGGAACAACAAUUAAGGAUAUUACAAGAUGAUAUUAAAGAUAUAUCAAUUGAUGAUGAAUCCACAGUUAAAGAUUAUUUUGAAUUAAAACAACAAAUUAAUAGAUAUUCAAAUGAUGUAAGAAAAGUGAUUAUCCAUCCUGGUUAUAUCCUCCCAUUUUUACAAGAAGGUAGAGUUAUCAAAAUCAAAAUUGGUGAUCAUGAUUAUGGUUGGGGUAUGGUUUUGAAUUUUGCUAAAAGAAAUAUUCGUCACCAACAAGAAUUCACAGCACAUGAGUCAUAUGUCGUUAAUGUAUUUGUGUAUAGCAUGUUUGUUGACUCACCGGUCAAUUUAAUCAAACCAUUUAAUCCAUUAUUACCUCAAGGUAUAAGACCAGCAUUACCUGGAGAAAAAUCAAGAGCAGAGUAUAUCCCAAUAACAUUGGAUUCAAUUGAGAAAAUAAGUUCAGUUAGGUUAAAAGUACCAGCAGAUUUAAAAUCAGCAGAUGCAAAGAGAAUUUUGGUUAAGACAAUGAAAGAUUUACCAAAAAGAUUGAAAGAUGGUAUACCAAUUAUGGAUCCAGUUGAAAGUAUGAAAAUCAAUGAUCAAGAAUUUAAGAUGUUAAUUAAAAAAAUAGAUGUUUUAGAAAGUAAAUUGAUAUCAAAUCCAUUACAUGAUUCAGUACGAUUAAAUGAUUUAUAUUCAAAAUAUGAACAUAAAGUUGGUAUAGAGAAAAAAAUAAAGGAGCUUAAAGAAAAAAUAUUAGAAGCUGAAGCAGUAAUACAAUUAGAUGACUUAAGACAUAGAAAAAGAGUACUUCGAAGGUUAGGAUUUACUACACAAAAUGAUAUAAUUGAAUUAAAAGGUAGAGUAGCUUGUGAAAUAAGUACAGGUGAUGAAUUAUUAUUAACUGAACUCAUAUUUAAUGGUAAUUUUAAUGAUUUAACAAGUGAACAAUGUGCUGCUUUAUUAUCAUGUUUUGUUUUUCAAGAACGUGCCAAAGAAACACCAAGAUUAAAACCAGAAUUAGCAGAACCAUUAAAAUUAAUGCAAGAAAUGGCAUCAAAAGUUGCUAAAGUAUCUCGAGAAUGUAAAAUUGAAAUUAUAGAAAAAGAUUAUGUUGAAUCAUUUAGACCAGAAUUAAUGGAAGUUGUAUAUUCAUGGUGUAAAGGUGGUACAUUUACUCAAAUUUGUAAAAUGACUGAUGUUUAUGAAGGUUCGUUAAUUAGAAUGUUUAGAAGAUUAGAAGAAUUGAUUAGACAAUUAGUCAUGGCAGCUAAAACUAUUGGUAAUAAUGAAUUGGAAUUAAAGAUGGAAAAAUGCUUAGAAUUAGUUCAUAGAGAUAUAGUUUCCGCUGGAUCAUUAUAUUUAUAA